CUCUUGUCCAUGGAGCCUCUUCACAAUUCGAAAAAGAGGACCAGUGGUCCUCUCAGCGGCGACAAAACCCCAUCCUCCCCCUCCUAUAAGCCUAUUGUCACUCAUAAUCCACCAAUAACCUGAGAUCCCCCCUUCUUCGACUUCUUUGCUCUUCACCUUUAUCAUGCCGGCCAUCAUCACCGACCAGGGGCCCAGAAAUGGCGUCACCAAAUUCACAAAUUGCCGUAUCGCCAGAGGAAGUUCUCUGGUGGAUGAGGAUCUCUGGGUCAGCUCGGUCACAGGCAAGAUCCUCGAGACGCAGGCGGCUUUCUACGACGAUUUCGUGCUGCCUGACCAGAUCAUCGACCUCCACGGCCGUAUCGUGUCGCCCGGCCUGAUCGAUUCCCAGCUCAACGGCGCCUUCGGCCUCAACUUCUCCACUGUCGUCCCAGACAUGUCUUUGUACGGCAAGGCAGUGCGAGACCUGAACCGGCGACUAGUCCAGACCGGUGUGACUUCGUACGUCCCGACCGUUACGAGCCAGACGAGCGAUCUGUACCGAGCCGUACUGCCUCAUCUCGGCCCGUCCAGCUUCGAAAGGAUCGCAGAGGACGGUGCCGAGUCGCUCGGCGCGCACUGCGAGGGGCCCUUCAUCGCCCCAGGAAAACACGGCUGUCACAAUGUCAAUGUGCUGCGGGUGGCGCACACCAUCGAUGACCUGGAGGACAUGUAUGGCGCCGAAAACAUCAACCCAGAAGUAGCCCAAGGCCCACUGCCUGUCAGGAUGAUCACAGCCGCGCCCGAAAUGGGAAACAUGACCCAGCUUGUGCACGAGCUGCGCUCUCGCGGCAUCAUUUACUCGAUCGGCCACUCGGAAGCUACCUACGAGGAGGCAUCAGCGGCCGUGGGCGCCGGCGCGACUAUGAUCACGCACCUCUUCAACGCCAUGCGACCGCUUCACCACAGAAACCCAGGCAUCUUUGGUGUGCUGGGCAUUGCUGAGAGCCUGCCGCGCCCAUACUUUGGCAUCAUCUCUGACGGCAUUCACCUGCACCCAAACACCAUCAAGAUCGCAUACAACUCGCAUCCUGAUGGCUUUAUCCUUGUCACCGACGCGAUGCACAUGGUGGGACUGCCGGAUGGGCGGUACAGGUGGACCAAUGGCGACGGCGAACAUCACAUUAUAAAGAAGGGCUUCGUGCUGACACUUGAGGGCACGGACAGCAUAGCAGGAAGCUCUAUCACUCUGAUCGAGUGUGUCAACAACUUCCUGAAAUGGUCUGGCACCAGCAUUCCCAACGUCCUCAGGGCUGUAACCUCGACGCCGGCAGAGAUGCUGGGUCUGAAGGGCAUCAAGGGAUGCCUGGACGCCGGGGCCGAUGCCGACCUCGUCAUACUCUGCGAAGAAAAGGACGAGACCGGGGCCGCCCGCCUUGCUGUUGACGAGGUUUGGAAGUUUGGGCGCAGGGUCUACACAAAAGGCGAGCCGUUCUCGCCUGUGGACUCUCCUGUCGACAGCUCACCUAUCCCCUCGUCGCCCGAGGGAGACUACGCCGCCAUCUGAAACCUGGCUUGGGGUUGAAGGCUGAGAAGAUGUCAACGAUUAUACCUGCAUUGUGUAUGAGAGGCAUUUCAAAAGAUAUUUUCUUUUGUUCUUGACAAGACUUGGAAUGGAAGCACUUUGAUGAUAAGAUAAAUUGCAUGCUACAAACAGAUAGAGUAGACUUUGAUCAGCUUCAAAGAGGUUUGCAUGACUUGCUAUAGCGAUGGCAUAUAUGUAGAGCAUUUGGAGAUUUCCAAUUUGAUACUAUCAUAAAAUUAGAAUUUGAGGCCU